AUGGCGCCCAAAACCAUCUCCCACUUCCGGUGGAAUUUUGUGAGGUCAGAGACCUGGCCGGAACCUUUAACCUCUCCGGGGUCGUCACCUGGGCAGAAAUACCAGAGGCACUACAUUGUGGUCCAUGGCUUGCGAGACGCAACCAACCAACGGGUCAACUACCAGGCCGCCCUCGAGCGCUGCGUCGAGGACAUCGCGAAGCGUGCAGGCGGAAGCUACCAAGUUCAGCCCUUUCGCUUCGGUACUUUGCCGCUGCUACUGGAUGGCGGAGGAAAGAGUUUCAAAUCUGCCGCAUCCAAGCUCCGCCGAAAGCUCGACAGAAUCCGCCGCCUCGAGUUCAAGAACGUUGGUCAGUCUAGAGCGCACGAAGAAGGCCCGAUCUCGUCAUCCCAUUUCAUCUUCAUUACCCAUGGCCUGGGCUCGUGGCUUGUUAAGGCCGCGAUCGCCAAGCAAGACCUGGCUCCGCAGACUCUCGGAUUGUUGUUUUUGGAUGCCCCAAGGAUAUCCGUCUAUUUAUCGAGCCCCGGUGCCUACCUGGACGCUGUUAUCGAGCUAUGGUGGAAAUUUCACAACACAUCACCGUCACCGACGGCGGAGCUUCCCACCAUAUCCCGAAAGCUCUUGGGGUCCCUGUGGACAACCGACGGGAUCUUCCAACAAUAUCAGCGCGAGACAUCGGAGCAAUGUAUUCAAGGCGCCCUCGACCCCUAUUUUGUCAAUUUGUGGGGACCAACGCUAGAGUUCUCUGGAGGGACUAGGACUCCGACCACAGAGUCAACGUCAAGCCCACCUCGCAGCCCCAGGCUGGGUCGGAUCCGCGAGCUUAUCCAACCCCCCCAUACAACAACUCCCCCAACGGCCCCCAACGAGGAUGAGGUUUGGGAACGAGUCAAGGAUCUGCUGAAAAGGCUGGGUGAGCCUGCUAUCGAUCCGGCCCUCAACAAUACCAUCGUGAAGGCCAGGCCGACUUGGGAGGAUCUAGAAAGCGAGGGACAAUCAUUACUGGCUCGUGGAGAACUGAAGAGCGCCCGGACGGCUUUCGAAGCGGCUCUAGACACUCUCGGCACCCCGACCGUCUCUCUGUUAGCAAGCACAGCGCGCUCAGGGCUCGUCCUCAGACACGCUGAGAUUCGGAUGCAGAUGGCCAUCAUCGACCAUCGUUGCGGAAAGACCGAUGGGGCCGAGAAGCGCCUGGAUGACCUUGAGGAGCAAAUCGAAAAACUGUCCCAGGUGCGGAUGUCGGGCGAAGAUGGCGUUCGCUUGAGCCGCCUCACAAGGGAAGUGCAGCGGAGGCUUGGCGCCUCGCUCCUAUCUCGAGGAAAGUACCCGGACGCAAUUAAAGCACUGAAAAAAGCCGCCAGCGCAGGGCCGGAUGUGUGUAAUCGGGCAGCUGAAGUGGGAGUUUACAAGGCACAACGCGAUCUUGCCGUGGCGUACGGAUUGAUGGGAGCCCUCCUCGAGGCGCGCAAGACUCUCCGGCUCCUGGGAGAGGUUAGAACCGAAUUAACCGAUCACCGCCGGUCUUGGCCACAAUUACUGCACCCAUCGAACAGAAACCAAGAGCGCUCUAGCAAGGGGUCUGACAGUGUCCAAAUCCCACUCCCAGUUCCCGUCUCCGAGCUGGACACAAAGAAGCCCGAGAUAGACCCGGAGAAGCUGUGGGCUGCGGCCCAUGUUGCCAUGUUUUCAGGUCAAUACAACCAGGCCCUUCAAGCUUCGACCAAGCUUUUUAGGUUGCGACAGAGCUCCCUUGGCAGGCGGCAUAUCAAGACCCUGAAAGCCGCCAACCUCAGAGCCUAUCUCCUAGCCUGUACAUUUCAGCUUGAGGCCGCCCGUGAAGAGUGCGGCUCAACACUCCGGGUUCUCUCGGAAGACUUUGGGCCCAUACAUCGCCAAACACUUGAGGCCACAUGGGUCUUGAUUGUAAUUUUCAGGAAGUACCGGAGUUUCAUGGAAGCAACCGCCACGGGGGAAUCACUCAACGGGCUGGUCGAUGAAUGUUUCACACAAGAAGACCACCCUAUGAGGCUGAAAACAAAAGCCGAACUCGCCCACUCCUAUUCGUCCGACGGGCGGAAUAAAAGGGCUAAAGAGUUGCUAGAAGAAGUUGUCAGGUUGUCAGGAUGUCGCCUGAAAACAGGCCGUUACGGCAGCACGGGCCACGAGCUCCUGAUCCCCCACGCCGAUCGUAGUGCGCCUGGCAUGUGCAGCGCAGCCCAUACGCUCCCGACCCUUGAGUACCAAGUCAAAUUAGCACGCGUGGACUUGGCCAUGGGCGACUGGCAAGCAGCCCAAGAGCGCGCCUUGCAUGUCCUCCAGACGCAACGCGAGAGACGCGACACCGACAGGCAGCUGAGAGGAAAAGGCGCGAAACCACGACUUGAGUCAGGCAAAGAACCAGGCGAUAGAGGCAGCGUUCCCGAAUUUAUCGACAGGGUCUUGAGCGACAUUGACCAAGAGCUCAACGGCAGUGGCAGCCAAGGGAACUUGGACUCUGGUCAAAGUCCGGGGCCGUGGAUCCAAGGGUCGACAUUUUCCGCGCUUCGUCUCUUGGCUUGGAUCCAAUUCGAUUGGGAUAGGUCAACUAGCCACCGGAUGCAACCUCUUCGAAUCCUCGAAACUGUGCAGCGCUGGCAAGAACAGGCUGACGUCUUCGGCCCAGGUAGUCUGGGCUUCCUGGCCACAACGCAUGACUACGCCGUUAUGCUGCGGGGGUACCAACUGAUUGCUCCCGCAAGAGAAUGCUUCAAAACCGUUUUUGUCGCCCGGGCCCGACGUCUAGGAAUAUCCCACCUAGCCACUUUGUCUACGAAGCGGGAGCUUGUGGUCACAGAGUGCCUAGUAAAAAACUGGGUGGACCCCGAGUCGUACUUGUCCGAGGACCCGACCAGGGAUGGAAAUCAGGCUGAUGGCGAUGUUGGUGGUGAACUGCCCUCGGAGGCUGAGGGCAUGAGCGACGAGGGGUGGCAUGCGGCAGAGACCUGCUUCUUGGAUAUCCUUCAAGACCAGGAUUGCUAUCUCGGCCCUGAUCAUCCCGAGUCCCUGCAGACUCUGUUGUGGGUUUUGGCAGUCCAACUACAACGGAACACACUGGGCAAUGCGAGCGAGACCCGCACAUCACUAGAGCUCCGUCUUCAAUUCCCCAGCCGAGGCCAAGAAAUGAACUUGAGCCGGAAGCAAAUCGAGGCCAUACAAAACCAGGUUCACGAGCUCUAUGCCGCGAAAGAAUUUUCCAAGACCCAAUACAGCGAAACCCCGAAAGACCGAAAGCUACAUGGAACACCUGAUAUGAACCCGCCUCCUUGUGAACACCAGUGCAAGAACCCCCUCCAGCCCCCAAACCGACGACCGCUGUCCAAUGCUUCCUCCGACGGCUCACAGAACCACCAUUUCUCAAGCCCUACAACCCCCCAGCGUCUGGCGCGUACCCGCGAGGUUUUGUUGGCUGAGCUCAACAGCCCCCUCAGCUUGCUCAGCAAUGUGUCGACCGAAGACCUCGAAAAUAGAUCCAAGGCGGAAGGUGUGAAGAAGAAGCCAGGGUUGGUUGCUGCUCAGGAGGCAGUGGAAGUGGUUCACAUCGAGUCUGCUCCGGCUGUUGCCGCUGAGCGGACCCCAGGAACACACUGCUCACCUCUCCUACGCCUAAACUGGCAUCCGGCUUUUAAGUCCGAGCCCGAGCAAAAGGCCACUUUCAACAUGUCCGCCAUUCUCAAGCUGACCGGUCACAGUGACAUCCCGCGCAUCAAACACGCAGUCUAG